AUGCCGCAAGCUGAGAAAGAACAGGCCGACAAACGAAAGGCAGAAGAAGAGCGUAUCGAGCGCGAAAGGGCCAGCGGGAACAAGCUCUGGAGCGCCUACAUCACCGAGGCGCAAAACUAUGAUCAGGGUCUCAUUGAUGGCUGGCGGAGUGAGAUGGACGGUCUGCUCAUCUUCGCCGGUCUCUUCUCCGGCGUUGUCACGACUUUCAUUAUCGACAGCUACAAGACACUGAACCCCGACUCGGGCAGCCAGACUGUCGUGCUGCUCAGCCAGACCGUUGCACUCCUCAGUCAGAUCACGCUCCAGCUCGCGAAUAUGAACAAUGGCAUGGUGGUGAUAGACGCACUCCCUCCCGCCGCAGCCGUUUCACCCCCAGUCUCCUCCCUUGUCUGCAACGCGCUCUGGUUCACCAGCCUCGCACUUAGCUUGUCGAGCGCACUUGUCGCGACUCUGGUCAAGCAGUGGGCACAGGACUACCAGCACCGGACAUCAAUGUUCUCGUCUCCCUCUGUCCGCUCACGUGUGUACAUGUAUCUUUACUCUGGCUUACGACGCUUCAAUAUGCAUGCUGUCGUCGUUGUUCCCCCGCUUCUCUUGCAUGGGGCUCUGGUCCUGUUCUUUGCAGGUCUGGUCGCAUUUCUGGUGCCCAUCAACAUCAUCAUCAUGGGCAUGACAUCUGCUCUGCUGUUCCUCUUUGUCGCAGUCUACGGAACAUUCACCGCCCUUCCAUUGUUUUUCCUUAACAGUCCAUACCAGACACCACUCACACGGAUUCUGUGGUCGCUGAAUCAGAGCUUGGGAGGCAUGCUGAGGGCUUAUAUCCAGAGGGGAGUGGCUGUUCCCAAAGUCUUCCUCCGAAAAAGAGUCGCUCCAACAGACCCUGAGAAAUCUGUCAAACCCGCUUCAACCAAUGUCCAGGCCUCCGCAGAGCCUUCUGCAUCUGCAGAUACCUGUCCAGAGUCGACGAGCCUUGAGGCCCCCUCCAACCCUGCUGCACCUGCAGAUAGCCGUCCGCAGUCCCAGAGCAUGGUGGAAGCCCUGAAAUCAGAAGCACUGCAUCCCACUGUCGAAACGGAGACCCGGGCACUCGCAUGGGCCUUCCGGUCUCUCUCUGACGAUGACGAGCUCGAGAAACUUGUCGAGGGGCUCCCCCAGACGCUGUGGGAUUUCGAUAAAAACCAGCCUCGCCGUGUGUAUCAGGCCUUGUUCCAGUCGCUGUUGCGUGAUCCGGAAGUCCAUCUCUGCCAGCGUCUCGCCGAUUUCAUGGCUAGCUCCAACAGCAAUCUGCUCGAGCCCAAGGACCGCCUACGCCGCCAGCUGUCUGUGCUCCGGGCCAUCUGGGCCAUCUGCGCGUUCUCCCUCCACACAAGGUCGCCUUUGCAAAGUCCAGUUGGAGCAGCUGACGUGGAGAACACGCUGCUUGGCUCGAAAUUCCAUGCUUCUCCCGACGUGCAGAGCAUGGUCCCCGCCGUGACCGCUUUGAUCCGUCUGAACGUGAUCGAGUCUCGGAGCCAGGAACGGGCCCCCACACAGACAAGCGACUCUGACGAUGAUAUGCACACCGAGCGAUGGCAAGCAAACAUGCACGGGACGUACACGCAAUAUUUGCUGGCACUUUCCAAAUGCACUUCCAGCUUCCAACGGGAUGUGACCAAUUCGCUCUUCCACCAGUCACAAAUGCAAUUCACGGAAGCGGAUGGCUACUUGACUCUGCAUGACGCUCUCGAUAAGCUGAUCGGCUCGGCAUUAGGAAAGACAGCGGACAAGACAGCGGACAACGUCGUCUGUGCUGCUCGUCUGAUUAUCGCCCCGUUUGCUCAGACAUCGACAUAUCCACUAUGGCUGCUGCAGUCUCUUGGGCUGUUCCUUGUUCAAUAUCCGUCCCUCACCGCCUCCGACCCGGAAUUCAACUCAAAGCAUCAUUACACCCGAUUCCUGUGCCAUGCUCUAUGCAACAACUUGCAGGCAUCAUUUGAUCGCCAUGAAUCUGUCGACGCCCUCCAGCUGAUUUAUCGGAAAUUGCUCAAGUCUGAUGUGCCACCAAGAGACCUCGAAACCCAUCUUCGGGUUCUCCGCACUCUGCGGGCUCGAGCAGCCAAUAUCCGCACGCACCGUUUGGCUGCCAUCGUCCAGUCCGUCGUGCUCAAAUGUUUCAAGGAGAGUUCGUUUCAAUGGGAGCAACUGCUGAGUAUCUUCGGCGACAAGGACUGGUUCCGCUCCGGGCUCGGCCUUGACAACGAUGAACGGAUGGAGCGGCCAUCCAUUUAUGGGUAUGCACGUGUGGCUGUUUUUACCGCUUUCUUCGAGCAGUGUACCAUCCGAAGUCUGGAUCAAACGGAGCACGACCUGGACUUUGAGACGCUCAAAUUGAUACGCCACACGGACACCGACAUUCUUUUGAUGAUCCCGACUGAACUGCAGCGUCAAUUCGCCCACGCAGCCUCUGCAUUCAUUCGCAAAUAUCCAGAGAACUGUCUCGCGUAUGAUCAUAGUCUCUCCUGGGCGAUUCGCUGGGCCGUCCGUGACGACUCACAGAGCUACGGGUGGAUGUCCGAUGUGGAUGCAUUGCGCGUCCUGGACAAGGCUGUGUUGGAGGUGCAGACUGACAAUCAGCAGAAAUCACACCGGGAUCGUGCUCAAGAGAUCCGGGAACGGAUACAGGACCGGCUCCGUCCCGAGGAAAUUUUUACUGCCUUUGUCUCACUUGUUACUGGCGGGGAUUGAAGAUCAUUUCCUAUUGAUUCAGCCUACAAUUCAUGUAUUCUGUAUGUUUACCGAGAUCUUCAGUGCACCUGAGACCCUCCGUCGAUCUGGUCUUCACGCGUCCCUCACACGUCUGUCACGGUCACGCAGAUCGGAUCGUUCGGACCGCAUGCCACAGAACUCUCUCCGGGGCAAAUCUAACACCGAGAUCCAAGAGCGCGAUAUUCUGCCCGGCCGGGCUUUCGUCGUCAGCGUGUGCGUCUUCACGCUGAGAAUUAACAGCUCGUCCUUUGUGGGGCUCGGACGACUCGAAGGUGCCGUUUGGGAUCGCAGAUUCGACCCAUCUGAGACAGCGGCACUUGCGACUACGUCCUCAAACCAGAGAGCAGCCCACAUGGAUAAUGGUAGACCAGCGGGAAGAUCGGCGCAAAGGAUGUCUUCCCGGGAUCAUUCGGGUGGUUGGAGAUGGCAUGUACGGAGGAGGAUCGAUGAAGAUGAACGUAGAGAAGCGCUAGAUGCGGCGAUGGGACAGACACACGAUCUAGGCACACAUCGUCCUACACCGGGGACUGCUCGACCUCCUGCAGUAGCUCGCUAUCCAAAAAGGACAGCGAGCAUGUCGGCAGUAGACGCAUAUCCACAGCCG